AUGAGUUCUACUGUUUGGUGGGAAGGAGUUGAGAAGACACGAGUUCUCAUUGCCCCAGGUUGUGGUGGAAGCAAACCUGGAGAACUAUUAACACUUCGCCAUCCAAAAUCAGAAGAGGGAACAUGUUAUCUUUUUAAUGAUGGGAUGCUUCAAGAACUUCAGUGGUUUAAGCAAUCAUACGGUUCUUGGUUCUUGGGAGAUUACAUUUCUGAAGAUGGAAGCUUAUAUAUGGCAACUACUGUUGAUCCAGUUUUCAUCUUGUUGCCUAUUUUCGAUGAAGCAAGAAUGAAGAAAGGUGAAGAUCCUGGAAAGUUCAGGCAACUGGAUGAGAUUUUAUAUGUGGAAGGAUUUCCGGAAUAUCAACAUUUGUUACCACUUGCAGACAAGUGUAUGGAAAUCGUUUGUCAAACUCAAGAGGUUGGAUCUAUGAAGUUCUAUCGGCUUGAUAACUCGAAAGUUUUAGCUUGGUUAAGUUGUAAGGUGUGCAGUUUAAAGAAGACUCUACCGGAAUUGGACAAGAACUAUGCAGCUCAAGAUGAGAAACAAACAUUGGUAGACGCCGUUUCAAUUGUGGGAGAGUACCUGAAGACAGAGCCUUGGUUGAAGCUUCUCUACGAUCAUCUUGGACUCGAGUUUGUUGACCCGACGAUGAAAGAAACCAAUAUGGAGAAUCUUCCAACUGCAUAUGAGAAUCACACGGCAUCCUCAAACCCAUCACAGGAGAAAGCAAGUAAGAAGCCAGGAAGACAGCCAAAGCAAGCGAAGUUGGAGACUGGAUCAAAGAACAUAAGGGACAUGUUUUCAAGGGCUUGUAAGAAAAAAUGUUGA